UGGAGCCUAUUGCUGAUACUGAGAGCUGUUCCACCGGCUAUGUAAUGUGUGAUAAAUUCUGUGUUCAAGAGGGCACUUGUACAACCGAUGCAACUACGACACCCAAACCAGAUACCUCGUUGACGGAACAAUGCGAGGAGUUCCAGUAUAAGUGUCCCAACGCUUCCUUAUGCGUGGAGCGAUCUCAAGUGUGCGACGGUCGCCAGGAUUGUCCGGGGGGAGGGGAUGAACUAACCGCCUUGUGUGAAUCUCUUACGUGUCAACCGCACGAGUUCAUGUGUACAUCAGGCUCUUGCAUUCUGGAUAACUUCAAAUGUGACGGCGAGCCGGACUGCCCCGACGAAUCGGACGAAUUCGGUUGUAUCGGCAGGACAUGUCGCUUGGGUUUCUUCCAAUGUCACAGCAAGGAAUGCGUCGAGAUGAGCAAGCGUUGCGACGGCAAUCAAGACUGCUUCGAUUCUAGCGACGAAGAUGGCUGCCAAUCACCCAUAGACCUGUUCGAUGAGGAGCCUGAACAUCAUUGCCCCGAAGGAGAAAUUGCUUGCGAGCUUAACAAGACCAUUUGCUUACCACCCUCUGCACGAUGCAACAUGAAGACAGACUGCCCCGGAGGCACGGACGAAAGCGGGUGCGAUAGACGCUGUGCCCCACACAAUAUGUUUGAAUGCAAACAGGAAUACAUGUGUGUGCCCCUGCGUGUACUCUGCAACGGGAUCAAGGACUGUCAGGAUGGGUCUGACGAGGCCCCUGAAGCUUGCGCUAAAGUGAACAUGACGUCCCGGCUAUACCCACCAAGCCUGUACCCAUCGGCGGAGUGCCACGAGGGCUUCCUGUGCGGCAGCGGACAAUGCAUCGAGUGGCGGGACGUGUGCGACCAAGUGCCGCACUGCUUCGACGGCUCCGAUGAGCACGGGCUGUGCAAUACGGCGUGUCAAAACAACAGUUGUGCGUACUCCUGUCAGGCAACGCCUCAAGGCGCGCACUGUAGAUGUCCCCCAGGACUCAGGACUAGUGCUGACCACUUGUCUUGCGAAGAUCUGGACGAAUGCGCUCACGGAGUCUGUUCUCACAAGUGUCACAAUGUGCCUGGGUCGUUCCUGUGUUCCUGCUAUCAUGGAUAUUCGCUCAGACCCGAUCGACGCUCGUGCAAAGCCAGCAAAGGCGACAUGUCCAUAGUGUACGUGUCGCGGAACACAGUCUGGUCUGUGGCUAUAGACGGACAGACCACUCUCGUCUAUAAUGAGACCAAAGGUGUUUCUAUAGCUGAUAUUGCCCUCGAUAUCAGAAAGAAUAAACUCUACGUGACCCUGACGGAAGCUGGAAAAUUAAUUGAAGUCAACGCUUCGAAGAGCAACACCGUCGUAACUAACAUUGGGAAACCAACAAAGGUGGCUGUGGAUUGGAUCACGGGUAACGUUUACUUCGUGGACAGCACCCCUGGAGCGAGCUGCAUCAGGGUUUGUAACGUAGGGAAGAAGAGAUGUGCCAAGCUUCAGAAGUUACCAGCCAAUGGCAAGGUGACAUCACUCGUGUUGGAACCAGCUUGGGGGCGAAUGUUCUACGUAGUCUGGUCGAGGGGUCGCGCAGUAGUCUGGUCCGGAGGCCUGGGAGGGAGACACGCAGCCGACCUGGCAGCCGCAGGGGGGGCCGAAGGGGGGGUCUCUGUAGCCGCGCAUGCCUUCAUCCCGCGCCUCUACGUCGCUGAGACGCAUCCCGCGCGCAUCACCGCUAUGGACCUCGACGGGGAACACCAGAAACUCAUAGUGUACAAUCACACGGAAUUCCAAGGACUCCGCGACUUGGUGUUGUUCGAAGAUUCGAUCUACUUCCUAACCACUAACUCAUUGUAUUUGAACCGAUGCUCCCUCUUCGGCAAGAAACAAUGCGAGCCAUUCAUCCACAGAGACGUAGCUGCAGACACGUUUGUGUUGAGGCAUGAGAGCGUACAGCGCGACGACGUGCACAAUUCGUGCGAAAGCUUCGAGUGCGACAACGUAUGCGUGCUCGAACAAAACGGACCGCAGUGCGUGUGCGACGAUGGAUCCAUCGCUAGUGGCGGGAAAUGUCCGCUGUUUGAGAAACAACAGCUUCCGUUGUUCAACGGCUGGACAUCAGAGCAGUACCGUCGCGCGCACUCGGUAAUGUUCGGCAUGAUCACGGCCAUCGUCGUGCUGCUGACCCUCUACCUCGCCAUCUUCGUCUACUACCAGGUGCUGCGCCCGCGCUGGGCCCUCGCCACCCCCUACAUGGAGGUCCGCUACCAGCACAGGGGUGAAGACGCUGCUGCUGCCUCCUCUAUGCUUGACAUUCCGACACCUGCCGACACGUCUGAAAGUCACGAGUUCGUGAAUCCACUGCAAUACGUUCGCGACGCUUGGAUGCAGAUCAGAGGAGACAAGCGUCCCAUUGGCACCGAAGGGCUGAGAAUCGACGUCCCGCGUCAAGAAAACGAGGACGACCUGUCGGACACAGAGUCGGACUUGGACGUCAGGGACACGACCAAUAUCGUGCCAGACAAAUUAGCUUCACUUACAUUUGUAGAUGUUGAGAAUUUAUGUUCAACGUAUAAAUGCAUAGUAGAUGUAUUAAAAAAGGAAUUGAAAUUGGAAACCGCCGCCAAAUCUAAGGGAUACCCCGUCACCGAAAAGGAGGCCGCCCUCCUUACAACCAUCUUUAGGAAACCAAUCCCGGACUCCCCCGCGAGCCCCUCGGUCUCCCAACAGGGCCAUCAAGGCCCGUCCAAGAGGACCGCCUCCGAACGGUCCGUCUCCGACUCGGGGUCCUCUGAGUCCACGAUGGUGUCGGCCUCCGCCGACGACGACAGCGCUUCAUUCACCCUGGUCAAGGGGAAGAAAAAGAGGCGCAACAAGCGCAGCUCCCCAUCUCUGGUGAGUCAGCCCACCACCGUCUCCUCGCGGAGCCAGCCCCCGGCGCAGAUGUCCCUAGACAUUCAAGCCCCCGCCACCGAUCUUCCUCAGGGACAAAACCGCAUGGAAGAGAGUAGCCGACCUCUGCAACGAGCAGAGAAUCACCUACACCCAGGCAUCCAACUUGGGUGA